CCAAAAUAAAGAGAUAGAGAGCGUGUGUCUCUGCUACAAACAUGAGAGACUUUGAUACAGAAAAAGCCGUAGAUUUCAGAUUUUUCCCUUCUUAUGUCUUCUUCUUACCAUGAGCUAGAUUGAUGUAUCUUUACUGUUUUACCCUUUUGUUUCUCUCUCUAAGCAUACUCGCACCUUGUUUUUCCAUCAUUAUUUUUCCCCAUAUCUCUCUAGAACCGAAAGAUCGCUUCUGGUGUGAAAGUUCUGAAGGCUUAAACCGAAUCUCUUGAGCUAGAUAGGGAAUUUAGUUCAUCCAUUUCAUUCCAAUAAUCUUGCACCUAUGAGGAUCCGGAAGAGACAAGUGCCUUUUCCUCUCUCUCAGGUGUCUCCAGAUCCCAACCGGAUCAGCCGGUCACCGGUCAUGGUGCAACUCAACCAAGCUGCCCCUGCCGACGUAGCCACGUCCUCGAAACGUUCUUGCACUGACGUUUCGGCUGCUGCGCCGGCACACAGCUUGGAUCCAUCUCAGCCGUCUGAUCAGACGCUACACCCACCGAUCGGUGAGGAUGGAGAGCUUGCGAGGCUGCAGCGGAAGAAGAAGGAGGAAUAUCUGGUAGAAGAUGAAGAUGGGAAGACACAAGAGGAGGGAGAAGGGGGACAAAAGGGUAAUGAUACCAGGAAAGCAUGCAAUAUGGGUUCCGAAACACCACCUGAUGCCCUCUCACCCUCAAGCACCACUUGUAAACAAGAUUUGAGGUGGCGCGAGGUAGAGAAGGCAAUUCCGCUAAAGAAAAGAAGAGGAGAGUUUGAUAAUAACAUGGAAGAAAAUAUUAGCGACAGCAACAGAAGGAAGACGAACAAAAUCCAGAGUCGUAGCAGCAGAACGAAGAUGAACAUGGCGUGGGAGCAAGAUGAUGACGAAAUUAUCAAAGAGGAAGAAAAAGAAGCCGAGGAAGAAAUAGUAGCAGUAGAUGAAGAAGAAGAAGAAGAAGAAGAAGAAAAAGUAAGAGAAAGAAUCCAAACGAAAAAGGUUAGUAAGAAGAAGAGGGUAAGGGGUGGUGCACUGAUGGAAGGUUCUAGAUGCAGCCGCGUUAAUGGGAGAGGAUGGAGGUGUUGUCAGCCAACAUUAGUUGGUUACUCACUUUGCGAGCAUCAUUUAGGGAAAGGAAGGUUGAGAAGCAUGACAAGUGUUAGAAGCCGCUCUAUUGCUACUCCAACCACUGCUGGUGCACCCAAGAAGCUUCACCGCCAGUUAGUUCCACCAUCUGAUAAUGAAGCUGCUAAUUCGUCUUCUUCGUAUUCGAACAACAAUGCAAAAGAAACCAAUUGUGUCGUCGCUUGCCAUGAUGAUGACGGUUAUGCUAACCACCACGCUGGAGGCGGUGGUGAAGACGACCAUGACGAUGAGAAGAAGCCGGUGACGGUUACCACCAAGAAGAGGGUGAAGCUUGGAACGGUUAAGGCAAGAUCGAUAAGCAGCUUGCUGGGACAAACAAACAACGAAAUUACUAUGCCUGACAACAACAACAACAAAAAUAAUAAUGUGAAUUGAGUACUUACUCUUAAGCGCAGAAAACUGUUAUCAUUUUAUAUGUAGUUUAAUUUGGUUUGGAAGAUAAUUUUGAUACUGGAACUUUUGUUACAUACGAUUUUAUUUGGAGUGUGGUGCAAGUGUGCAACUUCUUCAUAUUCAAUUCUAGCUUACGUUCUUUAUUU